AUGGAUGAAGAAGACUUUGAGGCUUUCGUUGUGUUUGCUGGAAUUGGAGAAGAAUUUUGCAUGGAUGAAGAGGAAUUGCUACUGCUGGAAGGUUUGUUGGGGCAGAAUUCAGCACAUGAGAUGAGUGUUGAAGAGGUCCUGAGCUUGGAACAACAUAUGAGAGAAGAUGAAGAUGAAGAUGAAGAUGAUGCGGUAUGGUACUUCUCUGACUCAAAUUCUGACAAUGAAGAACAUGAUAACACAGAAAUCAUAAGUGAACAAGAAAAUAACAUUUCAACUAAAAAACCAAAUUUACCAAACAAUUUAAGAAGACAACUAGUCCUUGACCUUUUUUCGGCCGCUUCACCAGAGCUUGUGUUGCCUAGGGGGAUGGUGACUCAUGUUGUACUCCAAUAUGCCAUAAGUAGGUUCACUGUCAACAGAAUUUGGGGAGAGGCCAAAAGACAAAAGUUGGCUGGUUUGGAGGUUAAUGUAUCAAGUAAGAAAAACAACAGUGGGAGAAAGCCCCUCAUAACAGAUGAGGAAGCUCUUAGGGCAGUUCCUCUAAAGCAAAGAACUACCAUGAGGUCAUUUGCAACCGCUUUAGAGGUUAGCCCAUCAACUAUUUAUAGGCUUCUCAAGAAAGGAAUACUUAGGAGACACACAAAUUCCAUCAAACCAAAAUUGACACCAAAGCACAAAACUGAUAGACUAAAGUUCAUUUUGUCACACAUCGUACCACCCACAGUUACAAGCAAGCCAAGGUUUGAUUGUUUAUACAAUAUGGUGCAUAUAGACGAGAAGUGGUUCUUUAUGAGCAGAAUUACACAAAGAUUCUACUUACUAUCUGAUGAAGAGGACCCAUACAGGGCUUGUCAAUCAAAGAAUUUCAUCACAAAGGUUAUGUUUGAAGCUGCAAUUGCAAGGCCGAUAAUUACGCCUAAUGGAGAGGUCAUUUGGGAUGGAAAAAUAGGCAUUUUUCCAUUUGUAGAUUAUAUUCCAGCACAAAGAAAUAGCUCAAAUAGACCAGCAGACACCAUAGAAACAAAGGCAAAACAGAGUAUAACUAAGGAAACCAUCAGGGAAUUGAUUAUCAAUGUGCUAUUACCAGCAAUAAGGGCAAAAUGGCCUGAUUUUGGGUGCAAAACAAUCUGGAUCCAACAAGAUAAUGCCAGACCCCACAUUAGACCAGAUGACAUGCAAUUUUUGGAAGCUGCAAAGCAAGAUGGAUUUGAUAUGCAUCUAAUAUGUCAACCUGCCCAAUCCCCAGAUCUAAACUGUCUUGAUUUGGGAUUUUUCAAAGCAAUUCAGUCCAUACAACAUCAAUAUUUUCCAGAUACAGUUGACAAAUUAAUUGAGAGUGUUGUUGAUGCAUACAAUUGCUAUGAUUCAAGGAUCAUUAACUACACAUGGCUGCAUCUUAUGUAUGUAAUGGUUGAGAUCAUGAAAGUAAAAGGGGGAAACAACUACAAAAACCCUCAUAAAGGGAAGAAAAGAAUGGACAGGUUGGGUCAAUUACCCACAUCUGUUGAGGUCUCAGAGCCAUUAAUCAAUGACAUAGUAAACUACCUAAAUGAAAAUAUAGUGAGUGGAGCAGAUCCAAUGUGGGAGGGCAUGGAAUUAGGUCCAGAAAUCUGA